GCUUGUUUCAUGGUACUUAUUACUUUAGUUAGUGAGUUUCCCUAUAUCAUCUCAUUCUCGACCGAUCAAGGAGUUGUUUUCCAGGGUACCACAUGGCUUCGGCCCAUCAUUGUGGUGGUGGUGGUGGUGGUGGUGACAAUGGCGCGGCUAUACCAACGACAGCGGGACCCCCCAUGCAACUAACCUGCCCCAACAAGGAAGUUGAGGCUUCAGCCACCGAAUCUCCCACAACUGAAACCCACGCAACGGGAGAGUUAUCGCACCAAGGCCCAAGGCAUGGGAGGCUGAAUGCAUACGUGAACGACUACAGUCGCUUGGAUGAUUUUAACUCCAAUGGAGGAAGUCCACAUGAGUCAAGAGAAUCGUAUGACGCACGCAUGAGGGAGACCGUUGCAAAUCUUGACAAUGAUUUCACAAAGACCUCCUCAGAUCGGGCGAAUUGGCUCAGAAGAUUCACAAAGACCUCCUCUUAUCCGGCAAAUUGGCUCAGAAGAUCCACAAAGACCUCAGAUCCGACAAAUCGGCUCAAUAGAUUCGAAAAGACCUCCUCAGAUCGGGCGAAUUUGCCUAGAAGAUUUCCCAAACUAGGCUCAGUGUACAGCCGGAGUUUCACCCCCAAAGCGUCAGUAGCCUAUCACUUGUUUUCGCACAACAGUGGGAUGUUGACUUACUCUGUCGUUCAGUCCAGGGACAACGGCCCAUGAGC